GGCCGUGGGGGGGCCGUGGGGCAGGGGUGGAGCAGCAGGCCCAAGGGGGCUGUGGGCCCCGGAGUAGGCGUGGGGGGCUGGCAGAAGAGAGGGUGGCCCUGGCAUGACCCCCCACUCCCCCUCCCUCCCCCCCAGCCAUGGAGCCCAGCGGGGGGGGGCGGAAGGAGAGGCCGAAGCCCCGGGAGCCAGCGGCUCGCCUGGAGAAGGCCAAGCAGAAAUCAGCUCAGCAGGAGCUGAAGCAGAGGCAGCGGGCAGAGAUUUACGCCCUCAACCGAGUGAUGACAGAGCUGGAGCAGCAGCAGUUUGACUCCUUCUGCAAGCAGAUGCAGGCCUCCGGCGAGUGAGGCGGCAUGUGCAGCCCCCUCAAACAACCCCAGAGCCCCCCCCCCAUCUGCUGCCCAUUCCCUUUUCUAAACUCUUUGUUAUUUAUUAUCAAAUAACUGCCUUUUUUUUUUUUUUUUUCUAAAUAAAAUCUGUGAUGG